GGUUUUCAGCCUUCAUAAAAGUAACGCCUAUUCAAAAUAUUAAAAAUAAAAGAUACCGAGAUAAAUAUCGUAAAUGGCGUUUGACUCGAAUUAAAAGUACCUUUUAUCCAACUUAUGACAUUCAUAAUCAUGAAAAAAAAAUAUGCUCCCUAUAUAGUACUCUAGAUUAUAAUCAAAGCAAUAAUUCAUUCAACCGUUUGCUUUUACGUGGUGAAACCAGAGAGCAUAGAACAUACUCCGAUGCUACAUGUAAUUAUGUUGCUAGGGCAACUGACGAAACCCAAUGGUUUUCUACCCAAACUACGCCGCUGUCUAUGUGUACUAUCUUGUUCUUUGGAACCGUCUCGGGUUUUCCAAAAAAUACAGAAAUUGGAAAAGUUCAAUUCGAAAGUUAUAUUCAGUACAAAGAAAUAGCUGAUGAGCAGGCCGAUACUAUAAUAAAUGAUCAAUAUCAGUUUUAUGGAAACAGAGAGUUGGAUUUUGAGCGUAUUAGAAAUAGAGAGACAGUAUCUGAAAGUGAUAGUAGAGGGGACCAACCUGAGAUAAUUGAACUAUCGA